AUGAGAAAUGCACUCGAAGCCAGUGCUCUCAAAGAAAAGAACCCGGCAUUCGGAAACCUCGUCGUCGACCUCCAAAUCAUUCUAUUUGCUGUGAGUAACAGGAGCAACGCGGAGCAUACAGCGGAAGACCUUCACGACAUCCUUCAUGCCUACUGCAAAGUGGCCUGCAAGCGAUUCAUUGACAAUGUCUAUCACCAAUCGGUAGACCACUUUCUUCUCUCGGGACCCCUGAGCCCUCUGGGAGUUUUCUCUGAACAAUGGGUGUUUCGAUUGGAGAGCGACAAGCUUAUUGCGAUCGCGGGAGAGUCCCGUCGGAGUGGGAUAAGCGAGAGAGACUGA